AGGGAGCUGGGAAGGGGCUCAGCCUGGAGCAAAGAGGGAUCAGGGGGGACAUUCCCAAUCUCCACCAGUCCCUGCCAGGAGGGCACAGCCGGGGGGGGAUCCCAGGGGACACCAGGACAGGAGGGAACGGCCCCAAGCUGUUCCCAUCAGCGGGAAUUUCCUCCUGGAAAAGGCGCUCAGGGGUUGGAAUUCCCCAGGGAAGUUGGGAAUCAGCGUGGUGUGGAUGACCUGGAUGACCCCAAACUCCUUCCCAAGGUCUCCAUCCCUAAGAAACCCCAUCCCAAACCCCAUCCCUAAGAAACCCCAUCUCAAACCCCAUCCCAACCCUGACUGUUGCUCUCUUUUCCCUUCUUUCCCGCAGCACCUUGAGGGAUGCCCAAGAAAUUCCAGGGGGAGAACACCAAGUCGGCUGCGGCCCGAGCGCGCCGAGCCGAGGCCAAGGCGGCGGCCGACGCCCGCCGGCAGCAGGAGCUGGAGGAUGCCCUCUGGAAGGAUGAGGAUAAACACGUCCUGAGGAAGGAGCAGAGGAAGGAAGAACGGGAGAAGCGGCGCCUGGAGCAGCUGGAGCGCAAGAAGGAGCUGCAGCGGCUCCUGGAGGAGGAGGAUUCCAAACUCAAAGGGAAAAGUCCCAAGCAAGGAAAUCCGGGAAAAUCACCCGGGCUCAGAUCGAGGAGCAUCCGCAAGGAGCAGCAGCGGGAGAGCGCCGACGGAGGUUCGGGAAUUCCUCCGGAAUGGGGUGGAGGAAUUCCGGCCUUUUCCUGGGGCGCCGUGGAGGCGCGGAGCAUCGAGGAGGCCAUCGCCGCCCUCAGCGUGUCGCAGCCCUCGGAGCGGCACCCGGAGCGCCGGCUCCGCGCCGCCUUCGCCGCCUUCGAGGAGCUGCAGCUGCCGCGGCUGAAGCAGGAGAACCCCAACAUGCGGCUGUCGCAGCUGCGGCAGCUCCUCAAGAAGGAGUGGAUGAAAUCCCCGGAAAACCCCAUGAACCAGCGGCACAAACCUUACAACAGCCACAAAUAGGACUGGAGCUGCUCUUCCCCUUGGGAUUCUCCCGGGAAAUGCCCAGAACUCUGCCGGGCUUUUGUUUCUCUCCGUGGAUUUCGGAUGUCGACGUCACCGCGGGGCUCGGACUGACGGCGCCUUCUCCUUCCUGAAAUUCCCGGUGUUCCCUGGUAUUCCCUGCUUGGAAUUCUCCCAGAGUGUCGCUUUUGGGGUGGCCUUGAAGAGAUUCCAGACCGGGAUCGCUGUUCCAGCCUUCCCAAAGACGUCGGGAAGAGGGAAAAUCCCUCCGGAAGGAGUGGGAAAAGGCACGGCCCAGCCGGAUUCCCGCUUUUCCUGAGGGGGGCACAGCGGUGCCAGGCAGCUCCAGGUGAUAUUCCCAGUGUUCCCUGGAAUGCUGGAGCCCCAAAUCCACCUGGAGGAGGGAAAUUCCUGCUUUUCCCAUUCCCUUUUUUCCCUUUCCGUGAUCCCAGGCUCGGGGUGGGAGCCUUGGGAAGGGGAGGUGACGCUCCCUGAGCUGCGUUCCCGUGGGAAUGCUGGGUGAGAUCCCUGGGCUCCCUUGGGAAUGCCGGAAUCCUUGGGAAUGCCAGAAUCCUUGGGAAUGCCAGAAUCCUCGGGAAUGCCAAUCCUGGCCUUUCCCCUCUCUUUUCCCCAUCCUUUGGGAAUGAAAUUCCUUCCCAGGGAAUCGUUCUGGGGGUGCCACUGGGCUUCCCAAAAUUCCCACCUCCAAAUCCCUGUGGGAUUUAUCCAAUCCCACUCCCUGUUUUUGGGGCUGCCCCUCCCCUCCCCUCGGGCUGGUCCAUGGUUCCCCAUCCCAGAAUUCCCAAAUCCAGCCAGGGAGGAAUCACCCCCCCCUUCCCCCCCUUUUUUUUCU